GCUCUGAAAUCUAGGGUGUCGCCGUGGUGGCUCUAUUCGAAGGCGACGGCGGUUGGUCGGUCGUCUCUGUGUUUGUCCUCUUCUAAACUCCUCAAACGGACCCGGUACAGACUGUCGGUUCAGCUGUCAAGCGAGAUCUGUGCGGUUCGGCGUUGCUGGGAUGAAGCGGAAUAUCCUUAAUUUGAAUCAGAUCGCUGGUGUAGUUUGAAGAAAGAGAGUCGGGCGGAGGAGCCAUUUUGUCCCGACAGUGUGAUAGAAAGAAAGACAGAGACAUUAAAAACACCAAACACUACACUUUUCAGAGGAAACAUACAUCUUAUAUAUUGCCUUCGGAGUUUAAAAAAAUAGUCUACAGAGGAAAUCAAAACAAUUCAGCUGCGAAGAGACUGUCCGUGUGUGUUUAUAAAGAGCUCAGAUGGCGAAGAAGACCUAUGAUCUGCUCUUUAAGCUGCUCUUGAUUGGUGAUUCUGGGGUGGGAAAGACCUGCGUGCUGUUUCGAUUUUCAGACGACGCCUUUAACACCACCUUCAUCUCCACUAUAGGAAUCGAUUUUAAGAUCAAAACUGUUGAAUUGCAAGGAAAGAAGAUAAAGCUACAGAUAUGGGAUACAGCGGGACAGGAACGGUUUCACACCAUCACUACCUCUUACUACAGAGGGGCCAUGGGAAUCAUGCUCGUAUAUGACAUCACCAACACCAAGAGCUUCGAAAACAUCAGCAAAUGGCUCAGAAAUAUCGAUGAGCAUGCUAAUGAGGAUGUGGAGAGGAUGCUGCUAGGCAACAAGUGUGACAUGGAGGACAAACGUAUCGUACCAAAAGCCAAGGGGGAACAGAUCGCGAGAGAACACGGGAUUCGCUUCUUCGAGACAAGUGCAAAAGCUAACAUCAACAUCGAGAAGGCGUUCCUCACAUUAGCAGAAGACAUUCUCAGAAAGACGCCCGUAAAAGAGCCCAACAGUGAAAACGUGGACAUCAGCACUGGAGGCGGAGUCACAGGAUGGAAGACCAAGUGCUGCAGUUGAACAUACACACACAGAUACUCACACACUUUACACAAACACACACCAUCUGUUUCUCUAUAUCCCUCUCUCUCUCUCUCUCUCUCUCUCUCUCUCUCUCUCAUUCACUCAUCCCUCGUUUCUGUCUAACACUCUUCCGUUCUCUCCUCAUGGGAUUCUCUGUAAAAUACAUCUCUAAUGUUUCUCACACUCACGACUGCUUGCUGACAUCAUUUUUAUUUCUGACAAAAAAAAAAUACAAAUGUAAAGAGAAAGUCCUUUCAUGUUUCUUCUUAUUUUAAAGUUUAAAGAAAGAAAUGAAUUUAAGCAAAAAGUGCAUUCACCACUACAUAAAGACCGUCAGUGGACCUGGAGAUGUUGUCUGUCGGCACAGAGGAGCGGCGUAGCGUUCCGUACGACAUCCUAGACGAGACUUUUAGUCCAGGGGUGGUUAGUGUUGUGUGUUAGUGUGAGAGAUCUUCUCUAGCUGGGUUUUUUUGUUCUCUGAUUUGAUUUCUUUCGUCCGGUGCCUUAAUGUAGAGCCUUAGAGCUCAUCCCCCAAACACACAUUUAAACAUCACUUUUCUGUAACAGUUGCGCGCACACACACACACACUGGUCCUCUCCUCUCUGCUUGACCCGCUAACCCAACCCAACACACCUGAGUGGAACCAUCCGGACUCAAUCUGUUUGCUCAGAAGAGAAUGGCAUUAUAUAUAUUUUUGUUUUGUUUUUUUUAAAUUGAGUUUGUUUUUCAGAAUGUUUAAUGAAUCUCCUCUGUAUGUUUUGUUUUGUUUUCCCUCACUCAGUUACUCAUUCUCUCCUGCAUGCUGUUUUUUUGGGGUCUUUUGUAAGUUUUGCCAUGUUUGUAAUUGACAGGAAGUAUCUCUUCUAGUCCAGAUACGUGUCAGGGAGGGGAGCGUUCUCUUUGGAAAUUCAAACGAUUUUGCAGAUCCAUUAAAAAUAAGCUUGUUUAAGUUA